AAGAUGUUCCAUUCUUGUCUUGUGAUCAAAGGAGAAGGAACAGAUAAGCACUCUUCUUCGAAUUCCCUCUGUCUCUGGAAAUGGGUUCUCUGCCUGCAUUUCCACCCUCGCCAUCCAAACAAGGCGUUAGCGAGAGCCACAUUGACGAAAGCACCCUCUCAGGCCUAUUCAAAUCGCAGCAGAGUCAUCUCAACUUCUUCUUCGAACACAUCGACCACUCCCAAACCCUAGCAUUCACGCGCGCCCUCCUCCACACCGCCGGCACCGUAUUCUUCACCGGCGUCGGCAAAUCCGGCUUCGUCGCCAAUAAGAUCUCCCAAACACUCGUCUCUCUGGGCAUCCGCUCCGCCUUCCUCUCUCCGGUCGACGCUCUCCACGGCGACAUCGGAAUUCUCUCCUAUCGCGACGUCCUCGUCCUCCUCAGCAAGUCCGGCGCCACCGACGAGCUCCUCCGUCUCGUGCCCUGUGCCAAGGCCAAGGGCGCACACCUCAUCGCCCUCACCUCCGUCGAAGGCAACGCGUUGUCGGCGAUGUGCGACAUGACCGUGCAUUUGCCUCUCCAGAGAGAACUCUGUCCCUUCAACCUCGCUCCGGUGACUUCCACCGCCAUCCAGAUGGUGUUCGGCGACACCGUGGCCAUCGCACUCAUGGAAGCGAAGAAUCUCACCAAGGAAGAAUACGCCGCCAACCAUCCCGCUGGCAAGAUUGGGAAGAGUCUCAUCUUCAAGGUGAAGGACUUGAUGAAGAAACAGGUGGAGGUUCCGAUUUGCAGGGAAUCGGAUUUGAUUAUGGAUCAACUCGUAGAGUUAACUAGUAAAGGGUGUGGAUGCCUUCUUGUGAUAGAUGAAGGUUACCAUCUGAUUGGAACGUUCACGGACGGCGAUCUGCGUCGCACUCUUAGGUCAAGUGGAGAAGCCAUUUUCAAACUCACUGUAGGGAAAAUGUGCAACAGGAAUCCGAGAACUAUUGGUCCAGAGGCUAUGGCAGUGGAGGCAAUGAAGAAGAUGGAAGCGCCUCCAUCGCCAGUGCAGUUUUUGCCUGUCAUAAAUGAUGACAAUAUCGUGAUUGGGAUUGUGACGUUGCAUGGUUUGGUUUCGGCUGGGUUGUGAAUUUUGAUGUCAUUAUUUAUGUCAGAUUCGUUUUUUGCAUUCGUUUAUUGAAUGGAUCAUUCUUUCUAGUUUUUACAUAAUAGUUGCAUCUGAAUCCACCCAAUUUCGAGUGUGAUUUAGGGGUUCUUUGAUUACUGUAUCACCUUAGGAUUCAGAAGCAUUCAAAAGGAUACCGAUUACUCGGUGCCAUGUCAAACCUACCCCACAUAGCGUGCUUGUGUUAAUUGUGGAUGUAAGAAUUUUCAGGUGUAAUAUAUACUCUACUGCUGUAACUGAACUUGAUAUUUUAGGCUUCUCUUUUAUGCUGUUAAUUUAUAGUAUAUUAAUAAUUGUCUCAAAAAAAUAAUUUAUUUUUGUGCUAAGAUUGUUAAGGACCUACCAUUUGAUGAUUUUGACUUUAUUUCCUAAU